GAAAUUUGUGUUAACAUGAAAAGCUCCGAAGAACUUUAUAUACACGUCGCAUUUACAAAUCUCUCAUGCUCUAGUGAUCACGUAACCGGUGAUUUUCCUCCAAUCAGAGACGGCCAACAUGCAAGACACAAAUACGUCACGUGCGUACCCACGUCAAUAGGUUUGAAGAUUUCAAGCUUAGUAGUCGUAUAUUUGCAGUUUGAUCAUUACACCGGUUUGUCUUUAAUUUUGUUAGUACGUUGGUACAAUACUUUCAAGAUGAAGCACUUAUUUAUUGCGUUGUCGGCCUUAUGUGUUGCUAUCGUUAGCGCUGCUGAUGAUGUCCUCGUUUUAACCGACAGCAACUUCGAUGCUGAAAUUGUCAAACAUUCAAUUAUUCUUAUGGAAUUCUACGCCCCGUGGUGUGGCCACUGUAAAAAACUUGCACCCGAAUAUGACAUUGCUGCCACCAAGUUGAAGAGAAAUGAUCCACCAAUCAGAAUUGGAAAGGUUGAUUGUACUGAGAACACGGCAACUUGCUCUAAGUUCGGAGUGAGCGGUUAUCCAACAUUGAAAUUAUUUGCCGAUGGCAAGCUGUCCAAAGAUUACGAUGGCCCACGUCAAGCAGAUGGGAUUGUAAAGUACAUGCAGAAAGCUGCUUCACCAGCUGCAGUUCUCAUUGAAACAGCAGCAGCACACGACAAACUCCUGCAGAAAUCUAGUUCUGUAGUAGUUGUUGGUUACUUCACUGAUAAGGCUAAGGCAACUGCUUUUGAAAAUGUUGCGAAAACCCUUCGUGACGAUUACAAGUUUGCAUACACCACCAGUGAUGACGUAAUGGACGCUGCUGGUGAGAAAGACACCGUUAAGAUGUACCGACCACAAGCCAUGGCCAACAAGUUUGAAGAAUCAACCAUGGUUAUAGCAGGAGAACCAACCGUUGAUGGUUACAGAACUUUCCUCAACGAAAAUGCUCUUGGUCGUUGUGGACUUCUUACCACCGACAAUUAUGGCAAGUUCAAGAAACCACUUGUUAUUCUCGCCGGUUCAGAUGUUGAUUAUGUGAAGAAUAUUAAAGGAUCGAACUACUGGAGAAACCGUGUGGUAAAGUUUGGAAAAGAAUUCAAGGAACAACUCACUUUUGGCAUUGCUAACAAAGAUGGCAUUGUUGGUUUGUUGCCAGAAAGUGGUUUGCCUGAAGAUGUUUCACCAGUUGUCGUGAUUGUUGAUGCACAAGAUAGAAAAUAUGUGAUGCCCAAUGCUUUCAGCAAGGACAACUUUGUUGCCUUCCUUACUUCUUACACUAACGGUGAAUUGAGUCCAUUCAUCAAAUCUGAGGAACCACCAGCAGAUAAUGAUGGCCCCGUCACCGUGGUAACUGGGAAAACAUUCGAUGAAAUAGUGAUGGACGAGAGCAAAGAUGUCUUGAUUGAGUUUUAUGCUCCAUGGUGCGGACACUGCAAGUCUCUGGAACCAAAAUGGAAUGAACUUGGUGAAAAGAUGAAGGACAACAAUGACAUUGUGAUUGCUAAGAUUGACGCAACAGCCAAUGAUUCUCCAUCUCAGUUCCAAGUAUCCGGAUUUCCAACCAUAUACUUUGCUCCCAAGGGAAAUAAGCAGAAUCCAGUCAAAUAUCAAGGUGGUCGAGAGGUUGCAGACUUCAGCAAGUACUUGAAGGAAAAUGCAUCCAAGGGAAAAUCUGAAUUGUAAUCUUCAUAGCUGGUUGUAAAUAUUUGCAGUAAUAUGAAGCACUUCCGAUGUACACAGCAAACUUGUAUGAGGAAUUAGCCGUAGAAUGCUCUGAUAUUGUUUAUAAGAUGCGUUGUUCAGCCUACACACGUUUAUCAUGCAAAAAAAAUCAAAGUUUCAGAAAAAAUUUCUUGUGUUCCAAUUCUCGCAAUAAAUCCGGAAAUUGUUUAAA